GACUGGAGGGGGAGGCGUUGCUGCAGGAGCUGGCACGAGGCUACGUGGCAGCGAUGGGCGACAUGGAGGGCAGGAAACCCGGCCCCACCAGCAUCCUGGGGACGUCCCAGCUGCGCACGGGCGAGCCGGCCGGGUACCGGAUCCCCUUCAACCCCAGUGCCACCGGCUGCGGGGCCGCCAUGCGCUCCAUGGCCAUCGGGCUCAGGUACCCGCACCCCACAGAGCUGCCGACCCUGAUCCGGAUCAGCGUGGAGAGCGGGCGCAUGACGCACCAUCACCCCACAGGGUACCUGGGGGCGCUGGCCUCGGCCCUGUUCACGGCCUAUGCGGUGCGGGGGCUCUCCCUGGAGCAGUGGGGGGCCAGCCUGCUGCAGACCCUGCCCCUGGCCCAAACCUACAUGCGGGACGAGGGCGUCGACACCCAGCCCAACCUGGACACCUGGGGGUACUUCCCCCAGAAAUGGGGCUGGUACCUGGCUGAGCGGGGCCUGGCCGAAGGACAUGGCCCCCCCCGGUUCCCCUCCCCCUACGGCCCGGCGGAGCGGGACGGGGUCUACCAGACCUUCAGCCUGGAGGGCUGGGCGGGGCGCAGCGGGCAUGACGCCCCCAUGAUCGCCUACGACGCGCUGCUGGGCGCUGGCGACCGCUGGGACGAGCUCUGCAGCCGGGCCAUGUUCCACGGGGGAGACAGCGACUCGACGGGUGUCAUUGCGGGGUGCUGCUGGGGGCUGGCGCACGGGCUGGCCGGGGUCCCCGAGGGGAAUCACCGACACCUGGAGUACCGGCACCGCAUGGAGGCAGCCGCCGACCGGAUCCACGCCCUGGCCUGGGGGGAGAGCGCCCCGUGAGCGGGGGGACCCCGCACUGCCCAGACACCUGGGUUCCUUCUUAACCCCACCACGCUGGCCUCCCACCCUGCACUCAACAGCCAACCCAGCCGCAGGCCAGGGCUGGAUUUGGGGGGUCCCCCAUUCCCCAGACACAUGGGGGAGGGGCACCAAAUUCCCAACCCCCCCCAGUGCACGCUCCUGGCCCCCCAUGAGCCACGGGGCCCCACCUGCUAGCACCUCCUACUGCUGCACCCAGGACACCAGGUCUCCCGGGUCAGCGUCGCUGCUCCUGGCACCAUCCUGCUCAAUAAACCCGUCUCCUGCC